AUGGUGACCAAGAAAAUCCGCACAGAAUACAUGAAGAAGUUCAGGGACCCUAAAUGGGAGACCUUCUCCAAAUGCUACGAGGAUUCUCUGAAGUACCGUCUGACCCGGCGGGUGAUGGAGCAUUCACAUAAACCCUGGUUCUGGGAGGGCUGGGACAACAGCUCCGACUCCAGCGGCUGGUCCACGCCGAGGGUGACCCGGAACAAAGUGGCCCCCCUGUCCAUCCCUCUGCAGCCACCGACGGCCUCAGAGGUCAAACAGAAGAUGUGGGAGCUGAAGUCCAGCCCCAAACCGCCACCUUCUGAGGACGGAGAGGCUGAAGUGGGAUCUGCUGAAGAACCAGCUGCAGACGAUGCACCGAACACAGCAGCAGCGGCUCUGAGCACCAUCGGACCGGCAGAUGAAACGCUGACAGACAACGGUCCGGCCGACACAGCGUCUUCUGACGGUGAAUCUGUAAAGCCAACGCAGAAACGACGUCAUCGCCGCCGCAUCCCUCGCGCCGAGCUGGGACACCGAGACGGUUCCCAUGACAACAAACCGGCUGCUGUCCGCAAACCUCCGAGAGCGAAGAGCCAACCGCCGUCCUGCUGCAAGGAGAAGGAGAACUGGCGGCCGUCUAGUCAGCUGGACUUAUCUGAGAGACACAUGGAGGUCAGGAGGACGACGAAUGAUAGCCACACGGCCGACGCCUGCGUUCAGACCCGCCGCGAGUCCGACAAGCGGAUCUCCAACCUGGACCGGCGGCGUGCGAGGUCAGCUGACCUGGACAAGCUGAGGCGGUCGCAGCUGACGGUGGCGGACGACCGCUGGAUGACGGAGUACAUGCGCUGCUUCUCCGCCCGGCUGAGGUAGAAGCAGG